AUGCCCCAUCGUUUGGAAUCAUUGACGUAUCCUCGGCCGGCUAAGCUGCUGCGCAGCGGCUCGCGCAGGGAGGCAGUUAAGUGGAAGGGCUGGUCAGCAGGGGCUGGAGUGCUGUCUCAGCGCAUCUCUGAGGAGCUGUCAGUAAGACAUUCCGUCAUGGCGACUCGCUCAAGCCCGUUGUGUGAAGCUAGGAUUGAGCCCAUUUUAAUUCGGUUUCCGGAGGAUAAUCGUGAAAUGACAGUAUAUCUAUCCCAAGAAGACCAGGUUCGCCUAACACAAGAUGAGCAGUUCCUUCAGGAGUUGUUAAAGAAGGUAUCUCAAGAAACUGCUUUGAAAUAUCCAUUGAGUCCUUCAUCUGACUCCUUGGGGUCAUCUGCUUCAUCCUCAUCAAUGCCCCUCUCACCUGAGACGUUGCCUACUGAGAUACUUCAGGCAGAAACACCUUCAACCCCUGGGUUCACCUGGACAUUGGAAUCUACAAAGUUGCUCUUGACCCUUAUCCUUGAAGAAAAGGGUGCAUUUGAUGAUAAUAUAACGAAAAAGAAGACAAUCUGGAACAGGAUUGCUCUGAAAAUGAAAGCGCAAGAUGGCAAAUUCCAGGGUGUAACUGGAGAAAUAUGCGAAAAGAAAUUUAGAAACAUGAAGCAAACAUAUGUGGGGAUCAAGGAUAACAACAAAUCAACAGGGAGAAAAAGGAAGGCAUGGGAAUUUAUGCCAAUGAUGGAUGACAUAUUUGAGAAAAGUCCUCAGGUCACACCCUUGUCUGUCAUUGAUAGUACUAAGCAUAAUGCAGACAUCCCUGAAACCAUCAAACAUGCCAACAGCAGCCAAAUAAGUAAUCCUCAAAGUUCAAAGCAAGAAAUGGGUUCACAAAAGCCAUCCAUCUCAGAGUCAGGCCCACCACCCACAAAAAUGAGAUGCAAAGGGAAAGUGAAAGAUGCUGUCAGCAAUCUGGAAAAGGCCAUCCGGGACUAUGGGAUGGACCGGAAAAAAGAACAUCAAGAGAAAAUGGAUGUGUUACGAGAGUCGAAAGAUCUGCUAGAGAAGCGUAACACUCUACUGGAAAGGUUAUUGAAACACCUUGAAAACAAGUGA